AUGCCCUCGCGCCAACCAAGCUCGCCUCCGCGCAUCACCAAAUUCACGAACUGCCGCAUCCUCAAAUCCAACCAUCUCAUCGAACAAGACCUAUGGAUCGAUUCGUUAACCGGCAAAAUCCUCAAGGACCAAGAAGCCUUUUACGAACUCCAACUUUCGCCUGAUCAAGUCAUUGAUCUCAAGGGCCGCAUUCUGGCACCGGGUUUCAUCGAUGUACAACUCAACGGUGCCCAGGGAUUCGAUUACUCCGUUCCUCAAGCUACAAAAGAGGAAUACGAUGCAGGGUUCAUCGAGUCGAAUAGAGGUUUGAUCAAGACUGGUGUAACGUCUUUCCUGCCGACUACGGUGAGUACGACAGCAGAAAAUUAUAAGCAGGUUCUCCCAUCGCUUGCGCCGACGGGGAAACGGAAUCCAGAAGAUGGCGCUGAGUCUUUGGGCGCGCAUGUCGAGGGUCCCUUUAUUAAUCCCUCGCGAAACGGGAUCCACAAGCCUGAGGUUCUACUUGCUUCGACUCAGGGCUUUCAGGACAUAAUCAAUUGCUACGGACUUGAAAACAUUCCCGACAUUGCCCAAAACACUGCGGAUGAGAUCGCAGACGAAGACGCCGUGACACCCACACCCGCAACUCCUAUCGCCAAAUCCUUGCAAAAAGGCAUCCGCGCAAACGGCCUCGUCAACGGCCACCGCCAUCAUAAUGUCUCCACAACUACCACCAGACCAGCAAUCAAAAUGAUCACCGCUGCCCCCGAAGUCGGCACCAUGAUCCAGCACAUCCCCGACCUCGUCUCGCGCGGCAUCAUCUACUCAAUCGGCCACUCUGACGCAACCUACGAACAAGCCAUGAGUGCCGUCGGGCAAGGCGCAAUGAUGAUCACACACUUAUUCAACGCCAUGCGGCCCUUCUACCACCGCAACCCCGGCGUGUUUGGUUUGUUGGGACAAAGCGAUUUACCGAAGCCGUAUUUCGGAGUCAUUGCGGAUGGGAUUCAUUUGCAUCCUACAUCUAUCAAGAUUGCGUACAACGCGCAUAGCGAGGGACUCAUUCUGGUCACUGACGCGAUGCGGCUGUGCGGGUUGCCGGAUGGUGUGUAUGACUGGACGAACGGGGACCGGAUCAUCAAGAAGGGUGUUCGGCUCACGCUCGAAGGAUCGGAUAAGAUUGCAGGUAGUUCGGCGACGUUGAUUGAGUGCGUGAACAAUUUCCGACGCUGGACGAAUGCGACUACCGCCGAGGCCCUCAAUGCGGUUACGUUUACGCCGGCGAAGAUGUUAGGUUUGGAGAAGGUGAAGGGUACGCUGGAUCACGGCGCGGAUGCAGAUUUGGUGGUUUUGGGGGAGACGGUUGAUUCGUAUAGUGGGCCGAGUUUGACGGUGGAUCAGGUGUGGAAGUUUGGUAUCAAGGUGUUUGACUCGAAGGAGUUGUAG